AUGCCCUCCUAUCAACCUGUCAACUCUUCCCGUCCCUCCUCGUCAAGCUCUAACGACUCCUCCCGUUCCCGUCCAUCCGGUGGCUCUUCAAAAUACCCCAGUCGUCGUCCCCGGAUUCUCCGACGUCUUGACAACCUCAUCUGUGGUUGCGUAACCUAUUUCCCUCUUGUCAUCGUCUAUGGCGCCACGGCAUGGGCGGUAUGGGUUGAAGCUUACAGCAUCUCGUGGAAGUCCAUAGGAGGCCCUCAAGGCCAUUUUUUGGCCUUCGUGGGUAUUUGGCUGUAUUGGAUGCUUAACUGGAGCUAUACCGUAGCUACAUUCUCUAGCCCUGGUACUCCUUUGGAGCAGAAAUCUAAAUACUCGUCUCUCCCGACACACUCUCAAUCAGCCAUUACUGUCAAGGCGUCCGGCGAAGAACGCUUCUGCAAGAAAUGCCAAUGCCGAAAACCCGACCGCACUCACCACUGUUCAACCUGCAACACCUGCGUCUUAAAAAUGGACCACCACUGCCCCUGGCUAGCCAACUGUCUUGGAAUCACAAAUUAUAAGCCAUUUGUCUUAUUCACUUUCUAUCUAUCCGUGUUCUGUCUAUUUUGCUGCGCCGUAUCGAGUAUCUGGAUCUGGGACGUAAUCUUCAAGGACUCCGGGUUUGCAGAACAAUAUAUGCCUGUCAAUUGGAUCUUACUUGCGGUUAUCAGUGGCGUUAUUGGUAUUGUCGUCACCGGGUUUUCCGGGUAUCAUUUUUAUUUGGUGUUCAAAGGCGAAACGACGAUUGAGAGCAUGGAGAAGACUAGAUAUCUAGCUCCGGUCAAGCGACGAUCUAUUCCGUGGGGCGCAAAUCUUGUUGGUGGCAAUGGAGUUAUGGGACCAACGGCACUAGAAAUGAGAGAAAGGGAGCGAUAUAAUGAAUACGUGAUCGAGGAAACUUCGAAGGAAAUGCCGCAUGCGUUUGACCUGGGUUGGAAAAGUAAUUUCGUCCAAGUUUUUGGUCCCCAGCCAGCUCUGUGGUUUGUGCCCGUCAGAAAUUCGAUUGGUGAUGGUUGGGUUUGGGAGACCAAUAAACAAUGGAAAGACGCCCAGAGAGAAAUGCAAGAGAGGAGGAGACGAGAGGCAGCUGCCGACCAAGAGAGGAUGAGAAGAGCUGGAUGGGGUGGUGAUGAAAUCGAGGAAACUGCUGCCGGAACAAAUGGAUAUUCGGGAUCUGGAGCUACAAACUGGACACGACAAGCAAUUACUGGACUUCCUAGUCCCGGGGAAAUGCUAGGUUCCAAAGCAUCUAGGAUAUUAGGAGCUAGAGAAGAGGAGUUCAGCCAUGGACUUGGAGGAUCGCGGUAUUCUCCUAAUGUGGCAUUGCAGAACAAGGAGAUGAAUCUUAGGAUGCAAGACCUCAAGAAGAAGAAGAAACAUGUGAUGAGCAGGGACGAAUUAAGCGACGAGGAAGAUGAAGUCGAUGACUAUGAUACCUCCUCAGAUGAAACAGAAUUUGAUGCCAAAAAGAAAAAUGGCGAGAGCUCCAAGAGCGCUCCCAGGGUUUCAACAGCAAACUCUUUGAACCGGAAGGAAGUGGAUACUUGGAGCGAAGGAUGGUAA